GAGAGGAAACGGUCUAGCUUGGCAUGAUCCUCAUCAGCCCGUCCACUUGGCUGGGUGAUGUCCGCCGGUCCAGGAGUGGGGGCCCCUCAGCUGUAUUAUGGAGCAACUGACGAUCCUGCCACGGCCUGGGGACCCUGGAGCCAUGGAGCCUUGGGCACUGCCUGCCUGGCAGAGCUGGACACCAAGCCCGGGGGGUGAGCCGGGAGGCCUGGCCCCGUGUCUUGCCGACACCCCGGCGGUUCUGCAGGUCGGAGCGCUGAAGCCCGAGGAGAACUCUGAACCCGAGGGAGCCCGUAGCUCUGGGUCUGGGGGGGACAUUGACCCUGAAGGAGUCGAGACGGGGCUGCCCGCGUUCCUGCUGCCAGGGCAUGAGCAGGUGGAGGCGUCUCCAAAGGCCAAGCUGAGCGUGGGCUUGGGGGACAGGCCCCCUCUGGAGCUGCUGAGGGCUCUGGCCGAGCUGCAGCAGCGCUGUGCCAUCCUGAAGGAGGAAAACCAGAUGCUGAGGAAGAGCAGCUUCCCUGAGACGGAAGAGAAGGUGCGGAGGCUGAAGCGGAAGAACGCGGAGCUGGCGGUCAUCGCCAAGCGCCUGGAGGAGAGGGCCCGCAAGCUGCAGGAGACCAACCUGAGGGUGGUGAGCGCCCCGGUGACCCGCGGGGGGCCCAGCGCCGAGUGGUGUCGGAAGGUGCUGGCCCGCCAGCGAGCCCGGGACCUCAGUGAAACGGCCAGUGCCCUGCUGGACAAGGACAAACAGAUCGCCGCCCUGCAGCGGGAGUGCAGGGAGCUCCAGGCCAGGCUCACGCUGCUCGGCAAGGAGGGCCCCCAGUGGCUGCACGUGCGGGACUUCGACCGGCUGCUGCGCGAGUCCCAGCGGGAGGUGCUGCGGCUGCAGCGACAGAUCGCCCUGCGCAACCUGCAGGAGCCGGCCCGGGCCCGGGGUCCCGCGGCCCCCGCUCGCGCAGGGGCGCCCGCUCCCGGCGCCCCGGGAGAGGCCACCGUGCAGGAGGAUGUGGGGAGCCCACCUGUGGUCCUAGGGGAGCCAGAGAAAGAGCAGAGGCUGCAGCAACUGGAGUCAGAGCUCUGCAAGAAGAGGAAGAAAUGCGAGAGCCUGGAGCAGGAGGCCAGAAAGAAGCAGAAGCGAUGUGAGGAGCUGGAGCUGCAGCUGCGAGAAGCCCAGGAUGAGAAUGCCCGCCUGGCCAAGGAGAACUCUCGGCUCACUGGGAGAGUGGAGGAGAAGGAGCAGGUGCACUGGGAGAACGAGGAGCUGAGGGGCCAGCUCCUGGGGGUGACCCAGGAGAGGGACUUGGCCCUUCGCAAGAGCCAGGGUCUGCAGAGCAAACUGGAGAGCCUGGAGCAGGUGCUGAAGCACAUGCGGGAGGUAGCCCAGCGGCGGCAGCAGCUGGAGCUGGAGCAUGAGCAGGCGCGGCUGAGCCUGCAGGAGAAGCAGGAGGAGGUCCGGAGGCUGCAGCAGGCCCAGGCUGAAGCCAAGAGGGAGCACGAAGGGGCCAUGCAACUGCUGGAGUCUACCCUGGAUUGCAUGCAGGUCCGGGUCCGAGAGCUGGAGGAGCAGUGUCGCAGCCAAACCGAGCGCUUCAGCCUCCUCGCCCAGGAGCUCCAGGCCUUCCGCCUGCACCCUGGCCCCUUGGAUCUGCUCACCUCUGCCCUGGGCUGUCCAACCCUCGGGGACCACCCCCCACCCCCCUGCUGCUGCUCCACACCCCAACCCUGCCGGGGGGCCGGCCCCAAAGAUGACCUCCCACCGGGUUCCCCUGGUCGAUGUACCUCCAAGUCUUCCGAGCCUGCCUCUGUCCACACUGCAGGAGGCCCUCGAAGAACAGCCAAGAAGACAGAGUCUCUCUCCAACUCCUCCCGCUCUGAGUCCAUCCACAACAGCCCCAAGUCUUGUCCUACUCCUGAGGUGGACACAGCCAGUGAGGUGGAGGAGCUGGAGGCAGACAAUGUCUCCCUGGUCCCGGCAGUGCCGGAAGGCAGCCGGGGCGGAGCCAGGAUCCAGGUCUUCCUGGCACGCUACAGCUACAACCCCUUCGAGGGCCCCAACGAGAAUCCGGAGGCCGAACUUCCGCUCACUGCUGGCGAGUACAUCUACAUCUACGGCAACAUGGAUGAGGAUGGGUUUUUUGAAGGGGAGCUCAUGGAUGGCCGCAGGGGCUUGGUCCCUUCCAAUUUUGUGGAGCGUGUGUCCGACGAUGACCUCCUGACUUCCCUUCCAAUGGAGCUGGCUGAUUUGUCCCACAGCUCGGGCCCGGAACUCAGUUUCCUGAGCGGAGUCGGGGGUGGCAGCAGCAGUGGGGGUCAGAGCAGUGCGAGCCGCAGCCAGCCCAGACCAGAGGAUGAGGCUGCGGGGGAUGCACUCAGCCUGAGCCCCCCGCCCGAGGGCCCAGGCGAGCCCCCAGCUGUGCCUUACCCCUGCCACCUGGCGGUCGUCAAGCAGCUGGCCCACAGCGUGGUGCUGGCCUGGGAGCCACCUUCCGAGCGUGUGGAACUGCAAGGGUACCAUAUCUGUGUGAACGGGACACUGCGCCAGGCCCUGGGGCCGGGCGCGCCCCCCAAGGCUCUUCUGGAGAAUUUGGACCUGCAGGCCGGGCCCCUCCACGUUUCUGUGCAGGCCCUCACCAGCCGGGGCAGCUCUGAUCCUCUGCGCUGCUGCCUGGCGCUGGGUGCCAGGGCAGAGGUGGUACCCAGCCAGCUGCGGGUCCAUCGGCUGACCGCCACAUCUGCUGAGAUCACCUGGGUGCCCAGCAACAGCAACUUGACCCAUGCCAUCUACCUCAAUGGGGAAGAGUGCCCCCCGGCCCGCCCCAGCACCUACUGGGCCACCUUUUGCCACCUGAGGCCGGGCACACUCUACCAGGCUCGAGUAGAAGCUCAGCUCCCGCCUCGAGGGUGCUGGGAAGCAGGCUGGGAGAGGCCAGAGCAGCGGGCUGCCACCCUGCAGUUCACCACACUUCCAGCAGGCCCUCCAGAUGCCCCCCUGGAUGUACAGAUAGAGCCGGGGCCCUCCCCAGGAAUCUUGACCAUCAGCUGGCUACCAGUCACCAUCGAUGCAGUCGGCACCUCCAAUGGGGUCCGAGUCACAGGCUAUGCUAUCUAUGCGGAUGGACAGAAGCUCAUGGAGGUGGCAUCACCCACGGCCGGCAGCGUGCUGGUGGAGGUGUCACAGCUGCAGUUGCUGCAGGUGUGCCGCCAGGUGGCCGUGCGCACCAUGUCACCUCACGGCGAGUCGGCAGACUCGGUCCUGGCUCCCGUGGGCCCGGCCCUGGCCGCAGCCUGCCUGCCAGCCAAGCUCGCCUGCACCUCCCCACGGUCCGGCCUGGAGGCCCGAGCAGCCCUUGUUCCAGCCUCCCCGGGACCUGGAGACUCCAGUUCUCCUCGCCGGCACAUUGAACACCCUGGAACUCGAGAGCCCCCAGGGGGGCCCCCUGCCAACCUGCCCAGGGAGACACAAGAAAAAGCCCCCGAGGAGCACCCAGCACCUUCCUCCCAGGGGGUCAGGCCUGCUGUGCUGGGGACCUCAGAGGACAGGAGGGCCUGCGAGCCGACCCCAGCCGAGAGACUGCCAGGGCCCACAGCUGGCCCCCUGGCUGAGGAGGCUGAGUGGCUAGAGGGGGAGGCAUGCCCGUGCCCCUGCUCCACCCAACAGGAGUCCCGUGCUGAGCCCUGCCAAGGUGGAGAAUCAGGGUCUGAGCUGAAGCCUGGGGCUGAGAGGGAGGACGCAGCAGAGCCGGGGGGGCUUCAGGUAACACCCCUCGUGGAGCACGGCCGCAGCCCAGAGCUCUCGGACAUCCAGGAGGAGGACGAGGAGGAGGAGUCAGGCUCUAGGACUGGCUCUUUCCAGAAGCAGGCCACAGGCAGCAGCACCGGGGAGGAGGGCACCAAGCCCCAGCCCGACCCCUUCUGUGAGACUGACAGCGACGAGGAGAUCUUGGAGCAGAUCCUGGAGCUGCCUCUCCAGCAAUUCUGCAGCAAGAAGCUCUUUAGCAUCCCUGAGGAGGAAGAGGAGGAGGAGGAGGAGGACCGGGAGGACCAGGAGAAGCCAGGGAGAGGCUCUUCUCGAGACCCUGGCCUGCCUGAGCCUGUGGCAGCGGCGGAAGGGUCCGGCGGUCCUGCCCACGGACCUGGCCCAGGUUCCUUGUCUCCUGAGCCCUAUGGGGCUGGGGAUUGCCUGCAGGAUGUGCCCGGAACAGUUGGGGGAAGCAGCCGCCGAAGGAGAAGCAGCUCCCCCGAGAAACCUCUAAAUCGCCGGCGGGCUCCAGACUCCCGUGAACACUGCAGCCGACUUCUCAGCAACGGGGGGCCCCAGACCCCAAGCCGGUUGGGCCCUGUGCAGGAGAGGGGCAGCCCCGCUCUGAGCGAGGGCAUCAGGGUCGGCCCCGAGGCUGGUGGGAGAGGGCGGCCUGCCCCUGCCCGGACAUGCUCCCGUGGCCGGGCCCCAGAAUCUUCCCUGGCCAGCUGCCUCUCCCCCAAGUGCUUGGAAAUCAGCAUCGAGUAUGAUUCUGAGGAUGAGCAGGAGGCAGGUGGCAGGGCUGUCGGCACCAGCAGCUCCGGCUCUGUCGGGGACGAGGAGGCCUGGGCCUCAGCUCCUUUGGGACGGUCCAGGGGCGCUCUGAAGGCCAGCUCAGGCCCCGGCCCCAGCCCACGCCUCCCAGCCGGGGAGAAAGGGGAGCCCGAGCGGAGAGGCCGCAGUGCGACCGGCCGAGCCAAGGAGCCUCCCUCCCGGGCAGCAGAGACCGGGGAGCCCAGAGGGCAGGAUGGCUCUGGGCGGAGGGGUCCUCCUCGGAAAGGGGGUCGGGCCCUCAGACUCAGUGCCCAGGAGCUGGCUUCUCCCAGGUGUCCCCAAGAAGCAGCACUGACUCACCGGAACCUGCCUGUCCGGCUCUUCGUGGCUCUGUUUGACUAUGACCCCAUGUCAAUGUCGCCCAACCCUGAUGCGGGGGAAGAGGAGCUCCCCUUCCGGGAAGGCCAGAUCCUGAAGGUGUUUGGGGACAAGGAUGCAGAUGGCUUCUACUGGGGUGAAGCUGGGGGCCGGAUGGGCUACAUCCCCUGCAACAUGGUGGCCGAGGUGGCAGUGGACAGUCCCACGAGAAGACAGCAUCUACUCCAGCGGGCUUUUCUGUCCCCAGAAGUUCUUGCUGAGGUCUCAGAAUCAGGGAGCUAUCCUUUUGUGUACUCCACUGCCCGCACUUCUGGGCCUCCCCCCAAGCCCCGCCGUUCCAAGAAAGUUGAGGUCCCACUCCCUGCCCAGCAGCCCUCUACAGGGGCUCCUCAGCCCACCUCUGCCAGCCUGAAGGCACCGCACUCCAUGGUGGCUGCAUUUGACUACAACCCCCGGGAGAGCUCCCCCAACAUGGACGUGGAGGCAGAGCUGUCAUUCCGGGCAGGGGACAUCAUCACUGUGUUUGGGGCCAUGGACGAUGAUGGUUUCUAUUAUGGGGAGCUGAAUGGACAGAGGGGUCUGGUUCCAUCCAAUUUCCUGGAGGCACCGGGGCCUGAGGUAGGCGGCUUGGACAGGGACAGGGAGCCCCGCCCACCACAGAGCGAAGGUCAGAGAACGAGGAGGAGAAGAGUCCAGUGCUAGCUGGAGAUAGAUUUAGUAGAGAGAGCAACAUGACUGGAGCAGCACAAAGCGAGGGCACCCCACGCCCCGAGGCUGGCCUUGUGCCCCUGAACCUGGCAGCAGUCCCAGGACUGAGCUAGGGCGGGCACAGGGCACAAGAGAGAAGGUGAGAGGUCUCUUCUCCAAGGGGAA